UAACUCCCCUUCUAUCGCCCCUUCUGUCGUAAGCGAUAAGCCCAGUCUUUAAAUCGUUCCGUUUCGAAGCCUUUAGCGUUAGUUUGACGAAGAGAUGGCUUGCACUCGGCCAUUGGGUGGUACGCAGAAUAUCAUUAAACGUGUGGCAUUAGUUUUAAGCUUGAUCGGUAGUUUACAGCACCAUAUAGGCUACUCUCAAGCCGGGAUAGUUGAUAAUCGAAUCGAUAGAUUCGGCAAAGAUAGCAAUGGCGUUUGCCAGUUACCUGACGCACUAGUUGCAGAGAUUCGUGGUUAUCAGCCGAUCGUGAACAAGAUCGUCGAUAAGAUCGUGAACGGCAAGUUUGCGGGUCAAACAUGGAAUGACCUGGCGGAGUUGGUUGAUACCUUCGGUUCCCGGAUUGCCGGUAGCGAGCAGUUGGAAAAAGCAAUCGAUUAUGUGCUAGAACGGAUGAAAGCCGAUGGGUUGGAGAACGUUCACACGGAGAACGCAUCCGUACCUCACUGGGUCCGUGGAUAUGAGAAUGCCGAGCUCGUUAAACCGUUCCACAAGAGCCUUCCACUGCUGGGACUCGGUAGCACCAUCGGAACACCCCGUGGAGGUAUCAUAGCCGAGGUACUGGCCGUGGAAUCGUUCAAAGAGUUUGAAACCAUUCCACCGGAGCAGGUAAAGGGCAAAAUCGUUGUGUUCGCGCCGAAAUGGGAAAGCUACGGUCGUACGGUGGUUUACAGAAGCCAAGCUGCUUCCGUUGCGGCGCGAAAGGGUGCCGUGGCUGCGCUGGUAAGAUCGAUAACCCCAUUCUCGAUCGGAUCGCCGCACACUGGGCAGCAGCACUAUCAAGAAGGAGUCAAGAAGAUUCCAGUUGCCUGUAUAACUGUAGAAGAUGCGAUGAUGCUGCUGCGAAAGUAUCGACGGGGCGAUCAGAUGGAGAUCCAUCUGGAGAUGGAAGACAGACCCAUGGAACCAGUGAUCUCGAGGAACACGAUUGGUGAGCUUGUGGGGACCACGUACACGAACACCUCGGUCGUAGUAGUUUCCGGUCAUCUCGACAGUUGGGACGUCGGUGUCGGUGCUAUGGAUAAUGGCGGCGGUGCACUGAUAUCCUGGAAAGCGCUCACAUACCUGAAAGCACUGGGGUUACGGCCUCGUCGGACGAUUCGAGCUAUUCUCUGGACAGCAGAAGAAGAGGGCCUCUACGGUGGAGCCGCAUAUAAGGAGGGGCACAAGGCGCAGGAAGAAAAGGAAUUUAAUUUCUUCUUCGAAUCCGAUAUCGGAACGUUUGAGCCGCGAGGACUGGACUUUGUUGGCAAUGCGGAUGCGGAAUGUAUCUUCAGAGAGAUCGUAAAGCUUAUGUCUCCCUUGAACGCAACGGAAUUCGCUACCCCGACUGACGGUGGGCCGGAUAUAAGCCACUGGACAACUCGUGGUUUUCCGGGGGCUUCAUUGUUGAACAAAAACGAAAAAUAUUUCUGGUUCCAUCAUUCGGCCGGUGAUACGAUGGAAGUGGAGGAUCCCAAAAGCCUAGAUAAAUGCGCUGCCCUGUGGGCAGCUGCAGCGUAUGUUGUGGCCGAUCUAAGCGUAAACAUGCCGAAAGAAGUGCAGCCCUAGGCCUUUCUUUUAAGUAAAGGUGGGCUGUAAAUUUAUGGAUUUUCUUUUUAAGUAAAGGCGUUCACUCGA